AUGUAUGAUAGUAAACAUAGAACAGCAGAUACACAGAUUUAUGAAAACCGGAAAGACGGUAGCGGUUAUUCCUCGAAUAAACGAGAGUGGAAUUUACAAACGCAUGGAUUUAAUGAUGAAACAUCAAAUCAUCGAAAAUAUAUGCGAACUCAAUUUUCUUCAAAUAAUCGAGUUGCAUCAAGUUCAUCAUCAAAUCAGCAACAACAACAGCCACGUGAAAAUGGUGAAAAAAAGACUGUUAAAGAUACGAAAAAACCGCUUCGUGUAUCCGGUGAUUGGUCUGAAUUUAAAAGUUCAACAGGCAAAACAUAUUUUUAUAAUUCUAAAACCGAAAUAUCACAAUGGGAAAAACCAAAAGGAUGGCCAACAGAUGAAUCAAAUCGAACAAGUACAUCAUCAUCAGUUUCUACAACAAAUCGAAUUAAAAAAGAAUCAACACCAAAUGUUUCAUCCACAGUUCGUACUCGAUAUAAGAUAGAAGAAUUAUCUUCCGGAACAAAACUCUCCCAAAGUCCAAAUCUUAAAUUACCUUCAGAAAAUUCGAAUAAUUAUCAUAAUGGAAAUCAUACAUUUCAAGAAUCUUUACAGUCUAAUGAACAAUUAUCUACUAAUCCCAACAAUCGUCUCCCAACUCCAGAUGAUGAUAAUUCUCGAAUGUCAUUUUCAUCAAAUAGUAGUAAAGAGUCAUCGUUAUUAAUAUCUGGCACUAAUAACACAAAUGAAAGUAAUGGUACUGUUUUACAUUCAUCUUUUUCAGAAUCCGCUAUUUCAGUUUCGACUCCACUAUGUGAUAUUCAAUCGAAAUCUUUGGAAAAUAAUACAAAAUUUGUAAAUGGAAAUGAUAACAAAAAUUCAAUAUCACAAUCAACUAUUUCUACUUUAACAAACACAGAGUCUAAUCCGGCUACUGAAAGUGAAUCGUUUAUACCGACUAUUUCAAAAGCUGAACGUGAACAAGAUUUUCAAAAAUUUUAUCGUGCUGAACUUAUUCAACAUUUAACUGGUUGGUCAUCAACUCAAUUAGAAAAACAGUGUUUUAAACUUUUUGAUGAUUAUUAUGGAUACAGUGCUAAAAUGUCGACAGCAUUUACUGAAUUAAAAGCAUUAAAGUCUAACUUUCGCAUACUUGAGAUCAAAAGAAAUAUUUUAACUCGACGGUAA